UGUUCCUGAGGCUCAUAAUAGCUCGUUGACUACAGAGGUAACCUCGAUAUAUCCCUCUCGCGACAGCAAUUUCAACAUCUUGAUCUCGAAUUAGCCCAGAACUACCCGGGCGCAAGCUGAGCUCUCAUCUCUGCGAUUCCAUCUUGCCCUCGUGAUCUCAUACGUAUAGGUGAAAGCGACUGUACUCAUCACCGGCUUGUCAUAUCGCCAACUUUUGGAACUACAAUUCCUGCAAUUAACAUCAAGAUGGGGUGUGGGCACUCCAGUCUCAAGGGUGACGUGCCCAACCCGAACAGCCAACCCGUGGAAAUCAACCGGCCCAUGAAGAAAGUCACCACGAAUUUCUCGGACAUCAAUUACGACCAGGACCCCCAGCAAAGACGCCUGACAGAAUAUGGGCCAGAUGAGACUCCACGACAACAUCCGCCCUCCCAACAACAAGGUAUGCUUGCACCGUCGCUAGGACAAGGCCAACCUUACGGCCAGAACCACAGCUAUGACCCCAUGAGCGCUGCAUCUCCAGGCUUCGGCUCAGGCAUCGGUGCUGGUGCUCCUGAAAACGUAGCAUACCCUUACCAGGGACGCGGCAUCGACCAGAGCGAUCCGAAUCAAAAUCGUCCCGGUUUCAAUGAUGAUCCUGAUGCCACCAACGCCCUGAAGCCGUAUCAGACGACGGAUGCUGGUGAUUGGGACGAUGACAACUACCAUUCCCAGGGACAGUAUCAGGACCAAGGACAAGACUAUCAAGCCUCAAACCAAAACUCGAAUCCGACCCCGAACAACUACUCUUCCGGCGUCCCCAACCAAAGUCAACAGCACUACCCUCAUGACAGCGGCGCUGGUGCUGGUGCUGGUGCUGGGUCCGGAUACGCACGAGACCCAACAUCCUCACAAGCCAAAGACGACUUUGCCGAUGACAAUGACCCGGCGAAUCCAAUGAACCAGGAAUCCAGAUACAAUCGUGUCCAGAAUCACCAGCAGCACGGUUACAACGGCAAUGACGGUGACGAUGGCGGCGACGAGAACAUGGACCCCUCGGGAGGAGAUUAUCACGACGAUGGUUAUGGCAAUGACGACAAUGAGAACAAAAAGUCCUGGCUCGGUCAAAAAUACGCAUCCUAUCAAGCCGCCAAGCAGGGUCCUGGUAUCUCCGACGACGACUUGAAGAAGUAUACAGGCAAGGAUCGGGCAGAGUUCGAUGAGUGGGCGGCCCAGCAGCCAGGUGUAGGAGGGCGGCAGGCUGCGAUGGACCCGCGGUCCGCGGCUGAAGGUUCGUAUGGCAGCUAGAGUGGCUGGCACUAAAAUGGAGUGAGACGAGAAAUGAGAAACGACCGGCAGAGCUGAGAACAGGAAUAAAGAUUCGAAAGAAGACGGGGAGUCUUGUACAUGACAUGGCGUAUCACUCAUAAGUUGUUCUGAGGCAGGUUGUGUAGUCACGGACAAAAGGAAAACUGGGUUCGAGAAUAUGAGCUUUAUAUCAAACAUUUCC